AAUAUUUUUAUCCAAUAUUGUUUCCUAAAUCUGCCACCAGAUGCACAUUGUAUACACCUAACCUAAAUAUUACACUCCAUUACUUAGUUUUUGUAUCUUCCAUGAUUCUGAGAUCAACAAGAUUUAUCGAUUUCUUUUAAAUACAGUAAUAAUAAGUUUUUUUUAUCAUGGAUACACCGGUGUUGACAAAACAGCAACAGAGACAAAGUUUGUCAGGGAAACGAUCAUCAAACAAAUUGCGUAAUGUUCUAGCUCAACCACACGAUAAUUAUUGGCCUGUGGUAAAAGAAGAAGAUAAAGUGAAAUUAAAUUCUAUACUAAAAGAAUUACUUCCCGUGUUAAAAAGACCAAGUAAAAAAAGGAGAUGUAUAGAAAAUGAAUCAAAAGAAGAGCAAAAAGUUAGUGAUGAACCAUUCUUCAAAAGGGAUAUGUUAAAUUCAGUAGUCCUUGGUGUAAAUACUGUUACACGCUCAUUAGAAAAGGAUGCAGUAUGUUGUGUUUUAUUGGAUGCUAAUGUGGAACCGCCACUUUUAAUAAAGCAUAUUGUCAUGAUGGCACAAAGAAAAGAAAUACCAUUUCUCCUUGUACCAUCUUUAAAAGUUCUUACGUUAGAGACUAUUGGAUUUUCAUCUACAGCACUUGGUUUGAAAAAAAUAGUGUUAUCUUCGGAUCAUCAUUUUUAUAAGUUGUACGAUAUUGUAUUGGAUAUCUCUAAAAAUUAUCCUGCACCGAAGAGAUCAUUACAAACACUAUUUACAGAUAUGGAUACGGAAAUGACUUUAGAUUGUACAAUAAUUGAGAACGAUAAAGUAAAUGAUAGUGUAACUAAAAAAGAAAGUACUUUUAGGGUCAAUGAAGAAUUUACUUCAAUGGAAAGUAUUUAUAAAUAUAGAUCUUCGUGUAAAGAAAGGGUGUUUAUUCCGCCUAAUGUUAUUUGUGAUGAUACUAAGAAUAUUGAUCACGAAACCUCUGAAUUUAUUUCUCUUAAUGAUGUUAAUUUAAAUGGUAUUGAAAUACCAAGAUUACAGAAGUAUACAAGAUAUUUUUGCCCUCCCUCUGAAAAGGAUAAAUCUAAUAAUGACAAUACUACGUAUCUACCCUUGAAAAUAUUACAAUUGCGAGGGAAUAGUAAUAGGACGAAAGCUACUAAAGCCCCUAAGAAAAAAAGACCAAAAAUAAAUAAGAUUAAUUAGUUAUAAAACUAAUGAUAAUUUCUGUAAUUAUUUAUACGAAUAUUGAUUUUGUACAAUAAUAGUUUUAUCGUAAACAAAAAAUAUUAAAAUUCA